GGAAAAACCAGUUUUUCCUAGUGGGAACUGUAGGAGCAUCAAUUCGGAUUCUGGUUGUGGAUUGUUUUCACUUUGUAUCCAUACAAAUUAAUGUCGUUUUCUUGUUUGUUGACACUCAGAUUCUCUCACUGCUCUUUCGUUAAGUGGGUCGUGUCGAAGUUAAACUUUUCUUCCCCUUUCGUUCUGUUUCCCCUGUUUUUGUCUUGCUUCAACUCUGGUAAGGUUCCUCCGAAGUUUCCGUUUUUGGAGGGUUGUAGGAGUUGCGUUGUGAUUUAGAAGUCAAUGGGUCAAAUGGGUUUCUUCCAGGUUUUUCUAAUUCCUUGAAGUUUCGAUUCAAUUUUUGUUUUCAGCUUUUCUUAUUGGGUCUGUGUCACCAACGUACCUGAGAGAGCAUAAAGAGUGUUUUUAUUGAUGGAUACGAAGUCAUCCAAGGAUACUAAUGGUUGUGUUAACAAGCCUAUGGCUCUUACUGUGACGUUGACUGUGGCUUCUUUAGAGGGUAGAAAGGUUGAAGAUCAUAGCAAUAGAGAAGAUGAUAAUGAUUCCAAUUCUUUGUUGCCAGCGCCAAGAGGAGGAAUGUCACGGAAAUUGGAUAAGACUUACAGGAAAAGGAAAGUGCAGUGGAACGAUAGGAUAGGAAAUAAGCUUGUUGAGGUUUUGGAAUACGUACCAAGUGAUGUUAGUGACUCAGACUCAGAGGAUGAGGGUGGGGAUUCUUGUGUCUGUUCAAUAAUGUAGAGAUAAUCUUGAUAAGCCAUGUCAAACUUUCUGCUGGACUAACCAUGGAGCAUCAUUUGGGCCUGCGCAACCUUACUUUGAGUAGAUAUGAUGACUUGGGACUAACUCUCCAGUAACCCGGAUACGCAGCUUGUGUUCCAAUUUAUGUAUCCAGUUUAUCUUACUGGAUUUUUUGACAUGAUUUUUCAGUGGCCUUAUGCGAGUUCUCUAGCAGAUCAAAGUACACACUGCCUUCCAACAAAAUUAUUUGGAAAGCGCUGAUAGUAGCACAGCUUCCUUGUAGGUUACUAAGCAUUUUCAUGCUAAGUCACGACACUGUUUCUCUGAAAAUUGUGCACUCAAUGGCUAUGGUAAUGUUCAGAAUUAAA